AUGCCUUCAUAUCUCAUCACGGGAGUUUCUCGAGGACUCGGCUUCGGAUUCCUCAAGGUUCUUUCCGCCGACAAGAACAAUACCAUCAUCGGUCUUGUCCGCGACAAGAAAUCCACCGACGCAAAGGUCAAGGAGCAGCUCGGAGACCUGGACAAUGUGACCAUCCUCCAGGCCGACAUGCUUGAUUACGCUGCUCUCAAGGCCGCGGUGCCUGUGGUCGAGAAGAUCACGGGCGGGAAGCUUGAUUAUAUCAUCGCCAAUGCUGCCUGGGCAUCGCCCUGGUCGGCGUUCAGGAGUAUUGACUCACUAGCUAAGGAGCCCGAAAAGCUCGAGGAAGACUACGUCUACUCUUUCCGGGUGAACGUCGUUGGCAACGUCCACCUCUUGAACCUUUUCAUACCCCUUGUGCUUAAGGGAGAUGUAAAGAAGGUCAUCCACAUCGCAUCUGGCCAAUCCUCUGUCGACAUGAUCGCCAAACACGACAUCUCCAUCAUGACCCCAUACGCCGCCAGCAAGUCGGCCAUGAACAUUGUCACGUCCAAGUUCAGCGGCUUCUAUCGGGAGCAGGGCGUGCUGUUCUUGAGCGUUGCCCCCGGCUCUAAGACCAGCACUGACCAGUACCCAGUCACGGAUGAGAUCAAGGCCAAUAUGGCUUCUACAGGUGACAAGUUUAAGAGGUACGCACCUCACUUCGAACGCGACUUCACGCCGGAGGAGUCCGUCAAGGAGGUGCUCUCUGUCGUUGAAAGAUCCAGCAUUGGCCGUGGUGAUGCUGGUCAAUUUGUUUCUCAGUUUGGAAAUCAACAGUGGCUGUAG